AUUUGUCAGUUUCCUUUUGUGACAGGUGACACUGAGGCGCGAACAGGUGUUUUUUUCAUGUUUUUGUUUCAUAGAAGUUACAAGAAAAACAUUUGUUUCAAAGUUUGAUUUUCCUGUACCUAUCGGAUAAUUUGUUACAAAAACAGUCUUGUUUAUUAUUAAAUAUGCUUAUCGUACCGUUUAUAUAAAAAGACAACAGUAACUUACUAUUCAUCCGAAAUUGGCGCUAAACUUCUGUAUUUUACUAAAAAUGAGUUUAGUGAACUUAUCAAACUCUUUAUCUUCGGUGCUUUCUAGAAAUACAAAAGUUUUAGCCCUUGAAAGAACAUUGCAACAAGGUCUGCAGGAUUUUAAAGAGCUUCUUACAGAUUUUGAGCAGCUUCACAUUGAGUCUGAUAGUUAUAAGACACAAUAUAUCAAACAGAAAGAAAGAUGCGACAGCAACAAUUGCAGUAGUGCUGAAGCUCUAAAAAGGAUUAUUGAAUCAAAAGACAAUAUUAUACAAUUAGUGGCAUCAACACUAACAAGACUAAAUGAAACGAAAGACCUAAAAAUAUUAGAUGAUGUUUUCAAAAUAUUAUUUGGAGAAACUCCAACAGUCCCAAAGUACCAGGAUAACAUCAAUAGUAAGGAGGUUAAACAACCUUCACCAGUUAAUCUAAAGAAGGAAAUGCACUCUUCUUGUGAAGACCUGUCUUUCCGGGAAGAGUCCGUGUCUGAAAUUGAGGGUACGCCGACAGGACGAGUGAGCCCUAUAAUACAGUCGAAAAAACUCAAGAGUUCUUUAGUAACUUCUACCGAUUUUAGAGAUAAGAAGAAGUGUCCGGAUACUUGGCCAACUCCAGAAAAGAAAACAUUGAAGCUAUCUUUCUCAACACCGCUGCGAGCCAAACCGAAUGGCAAGUUGAGGCAGGCUCGAUUGAAUGUAGUCAAAGUAAAGGAGAACAAUUUCAUUGAUAUUACGUGCACACCUGAGUUCAGUGGAGGGAGUAGGAGGAAUGAGAGUGAUGGAAAUGUAGCGCCACUCAUCAAGAAAGAAUCGAUAGAAAAUGAUGACACCAUAUUACCUUCACCUACAAGUGGACCCAAUAAUUUUACGCUUUUCAAAUCAAAAGAGAGCCCAUUAAAAUUCAAGAAACCGCAACUAAGUUUGAAAAUAAAAUCUGAGAAGAAAACUCCUAAGAAAGGUGAUCAGACCGCAGUACUUGAUAUAAAGCGGGAACCAGAUUCUGAGAAUAUAUUAGUGAAUGAAUUUAAAAUGCAUGACAGUAUUACUUAUACACAAGAUGAUUCUAUCAAUUUGUUGAAUCCUAACAGAAUACCCAAGAACUUUAUGAACCAGUCCCCUCCGAAACAGGAACGUAACAAUGACCUGACAUACUGUGACACUCAGGCUAGCAUAUCUUUACUACAGCAUGUUGGCAAGAUAGACAAUAUUCAUAGAGACCACAAUGAGUGCAGUCCUUCAAAAAGGCCUCUAGCUGAGAACAUAAAUGUUACAAAUCUGCAAGAUGAUGAUGAACUUCAGCCGAGCAUGUCCAUACUAGAUCGAGAACCUAUAAGUAGCAGAGGGAAUGCAGACACAGUGAAAAGAAAAAUACCUGAGUUUGCAGAAAUGAUAUACAAAGAUCCGAAUAUGAGGAAGAAGUCAGAAAAACGUAUAUUGCCAGGGUGGAGUUGCGACAAAUGUAAAGACUUCUUCGGCGAGCUGUACAAGGAUGAUCCUGAAAUGUUAGCGAAGAAAAUAAACGAGUGUUCCCACCAUAGAGGCGUGAACAACCCCACAGACAGGCCUAGGACUCCGCCCGGCUUCUGGAACCCUCGGUGGGAAGUACCCGAUGACACUGAAGAGUUUAAUAGGAUGAAUAAUGUCGAUUGAUCUUAUUUGUCCUGGUUUUUGUUUUAUUUUGGUACCUAGUCAAAGUUGUACCUGUACGUGUUGCAUUUGAGUAGGCACUUAACUAAAGGUAUAUAAAUAAAUCAUACUGCUUAAAAUAUCAAUUUCAAAAAGAUCAGUUGAUGAAUUAACUGUUGUAAUUGUAUUUUAGCCGCAAUUUAUUGUUAAACUAAGUUUUUAGCGAAAGUCAUAUCGAUGAUAUUUAUCUUUAGUGCCUACUCAAAUGCGAGUUGGUAUAAUGUAGCUGAAUAGGACUAAAGUGUUGUGAUAUAAAAUACCACGUUUUCCCAUUUGGACAUUCGGCUAGGGGCACGUGGCAUACUGCCGACUGACCCUACAGUUACGUCAGAGGUAAAUAGUCGGCUGGGCUCGUUAGGUCUGAUUCAGAGCUAAAUACUUCAGCGAGCCCAUAGCGUAUUAGUUCAUGACAUCAUCAACCAACAAAAGGAGUGUAAGCUACAGAGUUUGCAAAACAAGGAGGUGCCAUAAUCUUCAUAGUUAUCUAACAAAUAAGUAAUACUCUUAAGUACGGAUUAUGUACCUUUCAUCAUGAGUUAAAACAAGUUAAAAAAUAUUACAUAGGUACCUAUAAACAAACCCCUUUGCACAAUUUGGCGUUCGCGCCAAUUUGCCAUCUAUAAACCGGUAGGCGUGCAUGGUCCAAAUAAAAAUAGGACAGCCGUUUAAUUAGGUCGUAGUAACUCGUACUGAUGUGUCAAUCCAUUCAACCUGCAACUACAUAAUAGUAUUAUCUUAUCGUACAAGAUUGAGCUAAAAAUCUUUGAUAAUAAUUGAAGACUCCAUGAUUUAGGAAAGGGUCAAUGUUUUUUAUAAACUUGUGAGUAGGUAUGUUGUAUUGUAUUUCAGUAUUUAAAUACUAUAGUUUUAAUAUAACACACGAUAAUUGCUACCGAAGCAUUAUCUGGCGUUAUGAAAUGAGAGAUAUGAGCGACUUUGACCAUCAUGACGACCGAUGACGUCAUGUAACGGUACUAUCAAAACACGUCUAAUGUCGCAGUUACGGAGAAAAGUAAUUUCUUAAGCAAUGUUUGAUUUAGGAAACUGUGAUUUUCAAUUAAAAGGGUCCAAUUUUUUGAAUAAUCUAGGUGUAAUAGUACCUCAUUAGUUUUAAUUUAGAUUUUAACUGUAAAUAAAGAAAGUCGUAUGAACAAAUGCGGGUAAUUGACUCGCUAGGUCAUUGAAAUGUUAAUUAAAUACUUUUGGAAGAAUACUGAAUUCGAUUUGGAAAUGUGAUGAUUUUAAAGUAAUAAAUAUGUUUUUAAAGUUA